ACCAUGGACUGUGUCGCUUGCCAAAGUGGUGUUUUCUUUUGCACAGUCCAUAUUAGCACAAGCGGCUGUACAAACUGUGCUUAGCUAGCAAUCUGUCAGUCGUAAUUAAAAAGCGAUGUGCUGUAGUUCUACUCUCAGCUAGCAUUGCGUCAUUUGCAUUUCUUUAACACAUGCGAGACAGGCUGGAAUGGUUGCAUUUCAAUGGAGACUCUGCCAAAAACACUCGCAGCUGAUGCUACGCGGGAAACGGAACCUUAUCCACCACCACCAACCUGUGGACCGGUGCCUGACAGUCUGUCUCUGCCAUCCUACAAAGACUACCCAGCUCACCGACCUUUUAUCAACACACUUGUGCAUCACAGACCUCAAACACACACUCAUCAAUCAUAUGUUCCAUCAUCACCCAUCAAAGCCUUCCCUGAGACCAACAGUACUGUGAUCUUAUCUGCCUUGAGGAACCUCCAAGAAAAGAUCAGGAGGUUGGAGAUGGAAAAAGGACAUGCAGAGCGGAGUCUGCAUGCACUGGGAAAAGAUGCUUCACAAACACUUCUACAGAAUGAAGAUAUUACACCGAGACUCUUAAAUGAUCAAAAAGACCCAGAAAGACAAAGAAGUGCCCAGUCCAACUGCAACCAAGUGCUGAUCAACCACCUUGCUGCCGCAGAGUCUCGCUGUUUGAAGCUGGAGCGACAGCUGGAUCACAUGAGGAGGAUGCUGCGCAAUGCCAGAACAGAAAGGACCAACCUGCUCAAACAGCAGGCCAUCUUGCAGAAAGCCAAAUCAGCUGAGUGGCAAUCUGACACAGCAUCACAGUAUGCUCAGUUGGACAAGCUGGAGAGACUUGAGCAGGAGUAUCUCAGACUGACACGUACACAGAACAUUUCCGAGAUGAAGAUCCUUGAGUUGGAGAUGAAACUACAGGAAGAGGAGUACCAAAGAAAGCUCAUCCAAGACAAGGCCAACCAACUACAGACGGGGUUGGAGGCCAGUAGGAUCCUGCUGCAGUCUGUGUCACCGUGCCGAUCCACCAAGAAGUCCAAAGAGAAGAAGUCCAAUACAAAGAAAUCAUCGCAGCAAUAUUCCUACACAGAGCCACAUUAUAGACUGAGCCUGAGAGAUGUACCCUUUGUUGCUGGAACGUCAGUAGGCUGCAGCCACUCGGUCAGAGCCAACGUCCAGUCAGUUUUGUCUCUCCUGAAGCAACACCAGCCCCACCUCUGCAACAGCCGCGUCCUCUCACGCAACACAAACGGCUCCGGCACAGACGGCCACCGGCGUUCAGACAGUUCCUCUUCUUCCUCUUCGGCUAGCGGGGAGGAAUUAUCGGAGCUGCUGCAAGCCCUGCAGGAGGAGCUGCGACUCAUGAGCUUGGAGCAUGAUGAGUUAAUGAGGCAGGUAGAGGAUUGUGUGUUUGAACAGGAAAGAAAGGAACUUCGGAGAGUGCAGGAGAGGCUGUUGUUGAAAAUGGAGAGGAAAGGAGAGCAGAUCAGUAAGCUGUACAAGCACAAGUCACAGAUAAAAAAGUUAAGAAAAGAAGCCAAUUGCAGGCAGAGCAAUGGGAAUGAGGUGAGGGUGUCUACCACAGUGUCCACCAGAGGUCACUCUGCGGCAGCAGUCAAAGCUAGACCAGGAGACAGAAGCAAGAUGAAUCUGAGGCUCCUGAGGGACAUGAAGGCUCUGCAGACCUCAUUACGGACCUGACACUUGCCCACACUUUAGGUCACUCUUGUUGGUGCUAUUUACCUACCCUCAGCAAUUACUUCAACUUCAAAACAGACACUGGCUGAAAAACACUAGAUGAACACGAAGAACCAGCCUGUGUUUACCAAGCGUCUAUUUGAUGAGCAGGUUCAAGAGCAUAUGACCUGAAAUUCUUUAAUAUGUUUUUACUAGAAUAUUUGAAAAGACUGUGGUAUGAGUCAGAUUUAAGAUGUCACUGAUGAUCAACACUAAAUGACUUGUUGUUUUUUCUUAAUGAUUUCUCAUAUUACUGUCUGACAAUAUGUUGAGAAUAUUUUAAAGAAAACUGGGCUUUAAAUGGUACUUGAUUUAUUAUUUACAAGUACUAUUAAAGAGACAGUGUCUUGGUUCAUGGAGCAUUUUACCCCCAACAUUUUCCUCUUAUCUGUUUUUUUUAUGCCAGUAGAGACUAUUGAAGUCUCUCUACAUCUGUUUUAAAUCCUGCAAUUUGUGUAUGUAAAAGUUACACUUUUAUAUUUUCUAUGCAGUUUUAAAGUCCAUGAUCAUUUCUAGAAGUGGCCCAAAUGUGAGGGGAUUUAUUAUUUUUACAAUCAGGAGUAGCCUGGAUCUUAGUGAAGACACGUUUAUGUUUUUAUGUUUGUGCAGUAUUGGUCCAGUACAUCGUUUUGGUUGUUGAGAUUUUUUUGGGGGGUGAGGGCUGGAUACUGAAAAUUUCCUCAAACCCUCAUGUGCUUGAGGUGCUCCUCUUCCAAAGACUUGUCCUUCCUGCGUUUGAUGCUGGUGUCCGACUUCAGUGAAAUCACAACAUCCAUCAAAUAAAUUCUCCAUUCCUGAUUACUUUUUCCUGAAAUUGUAUGAAACAUUAUACCAUUGCAUUAAAAGACCAUUUAAAUGUC